UAGAAACCUGUAACUAGAAAAAAUAACUGUCAAUAACAAAUGUUUAAAUUACAAUUCAUUUUUAAGAGCGGAAUAUUAAAUUGGAUAACUACUUGUAAUUUGAGUGCAUGAUAAAUUUAAUUGAAUUCAUCCAGUCCCAUCAAUUGUCGUAUCUUGUCGCUUGGAGGUUAUUCAACGAAUUAACUCCCUUUUCACCGGUGCUUUUGUUAUCUAUCAUCAAUUGAUAAGCGACUGUCAUUUACCUUCGUUUCAUAUAAACAGACUUUACAAUGUAAUUUAACAGAAUGGUGACCGUAUCGUACUUGGAUUUAUCUGUAAUCCUAUUAUUUAUUUUACAUUCGUCAUUAGGUAAGCAAGCGUGUGAUAGUUCAAGUAUUAUCGAGAAACAGUGUCACGAAACUUUCCUCUGUGUGCCGACGAACGAUUCCACCAACAACGGCUACUGCGAGUGUUUGCCGGGCUACACAAAGAUCAACGAGACUUACUGCACCAAUGCUAGCGAUGCCACUACGGCGAAGUCGUCGAGUCUUGUAAAUAAAGAGGAGGAUAAUGGCAGCGGACACGUGGUUGCUGGAAUUCUUAUCCCUGUAUUUUUAAUUAUGGUUGUGAUAGCUGGAAUAUAUUUUAAUAGAAAGUAUCAUUUAGCCGACUAUUUUAUAAGUAAAUUGUACCAAAGAAAUAGUAAUUAUGACGAGGUUAUGAUUGGGCAGGAUUUGGAAGAUGACGACCCACCUCUUCGUUAGUAUGGCACUAGUUUACGCUUUUAUAUAAAUUAUAUACUGCUAGUCUGAGUUUUUCUAAAUAUGUGCUCUUGUCAGAUUUUAUUUCCAAUUGUUCCUACAUUAUAAACAAAAAUUGCCUUGUAGUAAAUAUUACAGUUGAUGCAUUUGUCCUUUUAUUCUUCUUUAACAUUUGUCGAUUGUUUCGCUUUGUAUAAUGUAUAUAAGACUAAAAUAAUAAAAACUUGCGCCUUAAUGUUUCAA